CUUCGACAAGACAACAUUCCAUGUACACGUCAAAGCUACGUAUGCAUCUUUAACAUAUAAAAUGUGCUAUCGCUAUUGUAAGUUAUAAAUUAGACAGAGACAAUCUAUUCUUUUACAAUAAAUUUUAAUCCCUGGAAAGUGACUAACAUCAUCCGUCUUUCGUAAUAGUUUGGAAAUAGAGGUAAAAAUCUUUAAAAAAUGUUUCACACGACACGAAGGUAGUUUUCUAUGGCUGAUGAUAUAAGAAUUUAUAAAUAAGUAACUUCAGAUUGUGUGUUGUGGAAGAUGUAAACAAAAUUUCAUAUGAUCCACGUCGAGACAUGGGUUCCAGAGUAAGAGACACUGUACGCUUCUUAUUUGAAUUAUUUUGUGAAGUAUCACCCGGUGAUCAUCUGAGGGAACCUUACGUCAUAAGGAAAUAUCCAGAAACAUAUAAAAAUGAAGAAGAGUUAAAAAAUAUUCCAAAAUUUACAUUCCCAUGUCAGCUAGAAAAUUCCUUUGCUCAGCACUAUUCAUUUGUGCUGACUUCCGAGGACUCUAAAUAUACAUUUUGUUUCUGCCGAUAUGACCCUAAAGCUAACACGGCAAUUGUGCUACUGUCGCAUCUACCAUGGCAUGACAUAUUUUACAAAUUACUGAAUUGCAUAGCGAACCUGAUAAAUAGUCCAGAACGGGGUGAAUUAGUAUCAUUCCUGGAAGCAUGUCGGAUACGUCCACCUAUGCCCGGCCAUACACUUAAAGUGACUUAUAAUGCUGGCCACAGCGUUUUCACCUGUCAGUGUCCAGACAACAAACUACCAAGUAUUCCAGAAAAUUGCAACCUAACGGAAUACUUUAGUGCUAUGGACACGAAAUGUAUGGCCGGGUUAUGGGCGGCGUUGCUGCAUGAGCGCAGAGUUGCAAUAGUGGCCUCAAAACCUUCUAGGUUAUCAGCCUGCGUGCAAGCAGCCAAUGCAACGUUGUUUCCAAUGUCCUGGCAACACAUAUUCAUUCCAAUUCUUCCAAAACAUCUGGUUGAUUAUUUAUUGGCUCCCAUGCCAUUUCUUAUUGGAGUUCCUAGGAGUGUGAUGGAGAAUGUAAGAAUGUCUGAAAUUGGCGAUGUGGUUAUACUAGAUGUAGAUGCAAAUGAGCUUAAAUCACCAUUCAAUGACUUAGAUGGUCUACCCUCGGAUCUGGUGGCGAGCUUAAAGAAGGCUUUAAGUGAUAAGAAUGCGCUGGGUGAUGCCGUGUCUCGAGCGUUUUUACGUGCCCUAGUCUCAUUAAUAGGUGGAUACCGUGAUGCUAUUAAAAUUGAAAAUGGUCAGCUGAUUACCUUCAAUCCCGAGGCGUUUAUCAGAACCAGAAAGAACAUGCAACCAUUCCUUACAAAAAUAUUACAAUCACAAAUAUUCCGGCAGUUUAUUGACGAAAGACUGGACUUGCUGAAUUCGGGGCGAGGCUUCAACGAUGAGUUUGAAGUGGAAUGCAAUCAUUACGCCGAUAAACUAAAUACAGGGAGCGGACAGAAAUUAAAACAACAGUACAGGGAUUGGGCCAAAACAGUCAAGAAGGAAGGCGGUGCCUUUUUUAAGACUGUGAAAGAUAAGGCGAACCCAGCUGUGCAAUCGGCGGUCAAAACGGUCCGCCAAGGAGGCAAGAAUGUGAAAUCUGCGGUGAAAGGCCUGAAGAAUAAAAUGCCCAGAACUGGGUCUCGCCCGUCUUCAAUAAACACCACCGAUGAUAGCAGAUUCUCAUGUGGGUCAGCGACGCCGGUGUCAUCGGAUUCGUCGGACUCAUCACCUUCGAACAAACCCCCAAUGAGCCGACCGCUGCCACCCCGUGAGCCUCCGCCCGCAUUGCCCCUCGAUCUGCUCACCGAGAUGGAGUUCCUGUUCGACAGUAAAAAAGCACAACGACGUGACAGCUUCCCAAAUAGUUCGCACAACUCCGAUAUCAGUCUUCCAGAUAAAGCAAAAACACUGUCACCAUGUCUCCCACCCCGGUUACCGGAACGUCCCCAACUCCCAGUCCGUUACCCAAUAAUUUCCACGAGGAAACUAAUUGAUUUCUCUGAUGCGCCCAUGCCGCCGCCGCGUGCGACGCCUACUUCGACGCUCCAAAAUCUACACUUUGUCAGUAACAUCACUAAAAAUGAUGUGAAUACUACAACAGACUUUCACACCAGCACGAUACGCUUCACUGAAGGCAAUGAUAAAGCAAAAUUAAAGUUGACCCUAUCAACGAAUCAAAGAAAGGUGUCUCUGCCAACCUCUCAGUCGCCAUGUAAUGGCACAGCGCCAAAACUUACGGCACCCUCUGUAGGUAGACCGAGCCAAGAGGGCGUAAGGCCUAGGCUCGUCGUGGGAUCCAACGCCGAACUACCUUCGUACAAAGGGAAAAUUCAAGAGUCGUGUGGCUCUGAUUCUGAUCUCAUAAAACUGGAUGAUUCGCCGACAAACCUAGAAGAUUUCGAUCCACUCAAGUGUCGUGAUAAAAAUCAGAAAGUCGAACAAAUCAAAUCCACAGACAGUGCUCUCUUACACGAAUAUGGACUAGAUUUUAGCCAAUUUGGUUUAUUAGACUAUUCCGCAGGUUCGAGCGCGCGACAGGAUUCCAACACUAGUGUUCCCAAAGGCUGGACAACUUUUAAUUAAUUUACCGUGGCGUUCCCUUAGUGUCUACUGAUGUAUAUUUGUAUGAAUUGAGUUAAUAUAUAUAAUGUGUAUUACGCUUAAUUUUGAUUUAUAUUUAUUAAAGUUUGUUUAUAAUAGAUGAAAUAAAUAUAAAAAGGUUUGAAAAUAUUGUACAUAUCAAUACUUUGUAAAUUACUUCAAAUUAUCAAUGAUAUUUGUAUCUGUAUAUUAUGUGCUGUAGACGAUUAUUGUAAGUUCCCCGUGUAUAUUAAAUAGUAAUUUUAAUAUUUAUAGUUAAUAUUCGUUCUCAUCGAACGAUAUAAGUGCUUCUAUCUCUUCCGAAUGUUAAAUGUUUGUGUACGUUACUUAUGAAUUGUUUUGUUUCUAGUAUGCACUUUUAUUUAUUUUGAAUUAUGAUAUAUUUAAAUACGACAAUCGUGUUUUAGUUAUCAUUAUUGGAUGUAAUAUUUAGAAAGACAUAAUAAAUACUAUAUUAAAGCGAAUUCUGACAAGACAUAUUUUGUAAGUUUUAUAACUUGAAACCAACAUUACCGAUUAACAUACAGGGUAGAAAAAACAACACAGAUUUAAUUAUGGAAAAAUACAUGUAGGUAUAGAAUAUAUUUUCACAGUCAAUAAAGGUAAAUGAGUAUUUUAUAUAAAAACGUAUAAUUAUAUAUUUUGAGAGAUACAUAUUUACAUAAAAUACAUACACAAUUAAAAAU